ACUGGAGCAGUAACACAUCUUGAAGUGCUCAUACUAGGCAAGUGACUUGCAAGACCUUUUGGGCCAGUACGCUGCUAACAACAUUAACUGAAUCUUUCGAUGGACCACAGGCAACAUUAACCUUUUGGAGACUAUCUCUAACAUAACCAUGAGGGUAUGAAACAGCAGAGGGUCCAAAGAUUGCUUGGAAAACUGGUGUAGUUUGUUAAUAACUGUGUGCUUCUGCAUGUCAAGCCAGAUCAUUUCUGCAGCACCUUUUUAAGAAAGGUCUUGUGUACUGUAGCACCUAAAGUGAAUCAGAAUGCCUCUCAGUGAUGACCAUAACAGUGAUUCAGAGUCUUCACGCCUCUCGGAAAGCACAGCUACUUCUAGCGACUCUGAAUAUUCAAGGCAGAGCUUUAACAGCGAUUCUUCAAGCAAACCCAGUUCUCCAGCGUCAGCAAGUCCCCCUAAGAUGAUUACAUUUGAUGAACUGAUGGCAGCUGCACGAAAUUUGACAAACUUGACCCUAGCUCAUGAAAUUGCUGUAAAUGCAAAUUUUUGCCUAAAACAUGAAGACUUGCCACAGAACAGUUUUGCAGGCACAGUGAAACAGAUUGUACACAAGGCUUUUUGGGAUCACUUGGAAUCGGAACUGAAUGAAGAUCCUCCAGAAUAUGAACAUGCUAUCAAGCUCUUUGAGGAAAUCAAGGAGAUUCUUCUUUCCUUCCUGACUCCUGGAGCAAACAGGAUUCAAAAUCAGAUUUGUGAAGUUCUAGAUACGGAUCUUAUACGGCAGCAAGCAGAACAUAAUGCUGUUGAUAUUCAUGGGCUAGCUAAUUAUGUUAUCAACACUAUGGGAAAGUUGUGUGCUCCAAUAAGAGACAAUGAUAUAAAACAGUUAAAAGCAACUGACAAUAUCAUAGAAUUACUGAGACAAAUAUUCCGUGUUUUGGACCUGAUGAAAAUGGAUAUGGCAAAUUACGCAAUUCAAAACCUUAGACCAUACCUUCAGCGUAAUUUGGUGGACUACGAAAGAACAAAAUUCCAGGAAAUUCUUGAAGAAACACCAAGUGCCCUGGACCUCACAACAGAAUGGAUAAAGGAAUCUAUACAAGAUGAAUUGUCAUCUACUUCUGAUGAAUCUUCAUCAUCCCCUGGUGCUGAUAGUAGUUCUAAACGAACCAUUAGUCCUACACUGGUGCUAAACAAUGGCUACUUGAAACUGUUACAGUGGAAUUAUCACAAAACAAUUCCAGAGACUCUAAUAACAGACGAAGCUCGUCUUCAGGAGUUGAGAGAAAAGCUCAAACAAUUACAGAUCAUAGCUUGUGUUUGUCUUAUAACAAACAAUAUGGUGGGUGCAGCAAUUGUAGAUGUGCCUGAUUUUGCUGAGCAGCUGAAAAGGAUCUCUCUUCCUCUUCUUGAAGGCAUGAACAAGAAAACUUUUGAUUUGAAGGAGGCUCUGGAUGCUAUAGGUGUCCAAAUUUGCAGUAAAGUGAACAGGUCUCUAACUGAAAAAGGUCUUCCCACUCUUGAUGAAGAAAUGCAGAGUAAUUUAAUGGGUCAAAUUGCUCAUAUUGUAGAGGAGAAUAAUCCUGUCUGUUCCUUGAUUGACAAACGGAUCCAGUUCUUCCUGAGAAGCUUGCUUGCUCUUCCCAGUUUUCAGAAGUCUAUGCCUACCAUGCCAGGAGGCCUUUCCGUGAUUCAGACAGAAAUGGAGCUUGUUGGAUCUCAGUAUGCAAGCAUUGUAAACUUUAAUAAACAAGUGUAUGGACCCUUCUACGCAAACAUACUUAGAAAACUACUUUUUCGUGAGACACCUAUGGGAAAAGCAGAAGCAGAAACAGGAACAGCAACAGCUACCAGUUAAAAAUUUUCACCUAUUUCUUUACCCCUUUUUUUAUCUUCCAAAGUGAUCUGUCUUCCCUACUAAGAAUAGUCCACUCCAGUGAAUAGCAGUGAGAGAGAUCUUGUAAAAUGUAUACAGAUAGCUUCUGAAAUUCACUGGAAAGACAUUUAAGUUCAAGGACAUACAUAUUUUAAUAGAAUAAAUUCGUUUGAUGCAUUUUGUCACUUGUGAACUAUUAGUUCUCAUGGCAAGCAUUUAUGAUUUGCAUUGGGAAGG